AUGGCCGCAAUUUCCAGAGCUUGUCGCAUCCGAAAUCCAGCAGUCUUUGUCUGCGAUAUCCAAGAGAAAUUCACCAAAGCAAUCUUCGAAUUCCCCAGAUUAGUAACAACAACAACCAAAAUCCUCCGCGCAAGCAACACCCUCAACAUCCCCAUCUACAUCACAACACAAAACCGCUCCAAACUCGGCUCCACAAUCCCCGAACUGCAACAACACCUGACCGGCCCCAAUGUCCGCGCCGACAUCGACAAGACCCUCUUCUCCAUGAUAACGCCCGAAAUCGACGCUUUGCUCCCCGUACCGGCCAAGGGCGAGAAACCCAUCGAUGCGGUGAUUGUCGGGCUCGAGACACAUAUCUGCGUUACGCAGACGACGCUGGAUCUCCUGGAGCGAGGGCAUAGGGUUUAUGUGCUUGUUGAUGGGGUUAGUAGUAUUAAUGCGGAGGAGAGGGGGAUUGCGUUGGCGCGGUUGAGGGAUGCGGGGGCGAUUGUGACGACCAGUGAAAGUAUUUUGUUUGAGAUUUUGGGGGAUGCGGGGCGUGAGGAGUUUAAGGCGAUUACGGGACUGGUUAAAGAGACUAAGGAGGAGACCAAGGAAGCGUUGGAGAAGCUUUCGAAGAUCUAG